CGCGUGCAGGUACCGGCGCUAAUGGUGGAGGCCCAUGCACGUAACGUACAAGCACAUGAGGAAAAGACCGGCGUGCUCGAUGGUACUGUUGGUCUGGCCAAGUCUGGAAUUGCAACCGAUGAUAAAAAGGAAAAGGAAGAAGGAGAGAAGAUGGAGACAGAUGAACCUGCAAAGAAGCCUGAUGAUGCUGCUGUUGAACAUGCUGCCAAAGUGGCCGUGAGUGAAAAUGUCCAAGCUGCUGCUGCGGCUGCUCUCGCUGCUGCUGCUGUGAAGGCUAAGCACCUCGCCACUAUUGAAGAGCGCCGAAUAAAGUCCUUAGUUGCUCAGCUGGUAGAAACUCAGAUGAAGAAGUUGGAAAUGAAACUGCGGCACUUUGACGAACUAGAACAGAUUAUGGACAAGGAAAGAGAAGCUGUAAGUUUCUCCUUCUUUUAA